AAGUGGGUAAAGCCAGUAGAAAACUAGAAAAAGAGACCCAUAAAUAAUAAAAAGAGACGCUAAGGAUAGUGGGAAAGGACAAAGGGCACAUGUAUGUCAACGUAGAAAGGUACUGGGAAAGGUUUGGGGCUUGGGAGGUUAGAGGCGGGUGGAGAAGGGAGGAGAAUCUACUAAAACAUACUUUGAUAAAAAAAAUUCUAUAAUGAUGGCUAAUCCUUUGUUAUAUCGAUUCAAAAAAUUUAAAUUAAGGAAAAAGAAAACAAAAAAGCAGUUAAGUUUUUAAAAGGCGAAAUCGUCUGGCAUGCAAGACAACUACAUCCAUCUUUUAAACUCGUAACCCCACUGGCUAGUGGAAUUGUGGGACCUUGUGAUGUCAGCUGCAUUCAGAAUGUUUAUUGUCCAGACAAUCUGGCCAGCCUCCAGAGCAGGUGUGUGACCUCCAUAGCUUGUGGUGGUCAGAACAUGGAGAACUUCUCACUUCUCAGCGUCUCUAGACCUCGACUCUCUUCCUCUGCCCUGAGUGCUUUUCCUGACAUUAUGUCCUCACUUGCCACCAGCUUGCCAGACAUUGUAAGGAUAGAGGUACCCACUGAGGCUUCCGGCCCAGCUCAGGACCUGCCACCCCAGUACCAAAGCAAUGCUCUCCAGCAUGGGGUGCAGAACCAAGUGCCCUCACCAGACUUGGGGAACGCCCAGAAUGGGGAGCAGCUGAGGAGGAACUGUACCAUCUACCGGCCCUGGUUUUCCCCUUACAGCUACUUCGUAUGCACAGACAAAGAGAGCCACUUGGAGGCUUAUGGGUUCCCAGAGGUGGACCGGGAAGAGGGCAGAGGCGACAACUGCCUUAUUGAGGAUGUGGCUGAGAGUGUCUGCUCCUCUUCCUCCUCCCAAGAGAACACGUACCCCAGGGAGGCCAACAAGAAAUCCAAGCAUGGUUUGGAGUCUAUUACAUCCCAGGACAUCCUAAUGGCUUCCAAGUGGCACCCAGCCCAACAGAAUGGCUACAAGUGUGCGGCCUGCUGCCGCAUGUACCCCACUCUGCACUCCCUCAAGAGCCACAUCAAGGGGGGCUUCAAGGAGGGUUUCAGCUGCAAGGUAUACUACCGCAAGCUCAAAACUCUCUGGGGCAAGGAGCAGAAGGCCCGGCCAGGAGAGAGGCUCUCCUUGGUCAGCUGCCAGGCCUUCAAGUAGUCUGCCGACACCUCAGGUAAAUAGGGAUGAGGCCUACUUAUGCCUCUGGAGAGGUAACAAUAAAUUGAAGUUAGUCAUAGUAUUCUUCUGUCAAGUCUGGUCACCCUCCAUCAGCUGCUCUUCUUGGUACCCAGCGAAUCUUCAUCACCCUCAAUUAUUAGUGGUUGCCUCGCAACACCAGACCCACCUCUUUGUCCUCCUUGCCCUCUCUCUCAAGGGAAACACCAUACUUGAAGUUUGAGAAUAUCCUCUAAGUGGCCAUUAAAGGAAGGUGCCCAGACUAGCAGUGGUGGCCUCCUCUGGGAAUCAAUAAGAGACACAAUUCCUAGAACACACUUGAACCUACUCGGUCAGAAACUCUGGGGUAAGAGCCUGGUCAGCUGUACCAUACUCAGCCUCCAUGGUGAAUCUGAGGCAAUUCAGACGUAAAAAAAAACAAAAACAAACAAAAAAACCCCCCACUGCUCCAGGGUGCUGGUCUACAGGAUCAGUCCUUGCCCACACUGAGGACAAAGGGCAGAGAAAGAAUUCCUGUAGUUUGAAAGGCAUCUUAGAUACUAACCUUUUGAGGGAAUUACACCUCUGGAGAGGACAACAUAGCCAUAAGCAUAAGUCAGGAAAGAGACAAGGAGGGUGGGCCAUCUCCACCACAUGUACCAUGACUACGCCCCAGAGUGGGUACGUCUUGCUGAAGCAGGCAGAAUUAUGCUUAACCCAGGGGAUAUAUUUCCAUGGCUGUUUUGAAUCAUGUCAAAAUAGGCAGUUAAUCAUGUGAUAACACUACAUUCUGUCCCCACACAAUGUACCAGGUGGACAGUCCUGAUCCUGACUCUAUUUCAACCAAUCUGAAGCAGAAAGAUGACUGGGCAUUUCCUCUCGGGGCCUGGGUAUCAACUGUCGCUUAGUCCUCCCCCACCCAACAGUGGGUCAGUGUGUACAGCUCCCUCCUGUUUUUCCCAUGAUACACGGUGACCCUUCCUGGAGCCUGACUUGAUGGUUUAGCAGAGCUGCUUCUGUUUAUCACUGUGUUGUCAAAAUAUCAUGCACGAGUCUUAUGUUUCGCCAGCAUGAGCAAUGCUGUGCUCAAAUCCCUAUCAUUUAACAUAGCAUGAGAAGAACCCUGACCCUCCAUCAAGCCCUGUUUAUCACUGCUUUUUCUGUGACACACACCCCCCCCCCCCCCUUCUUAGCAAGAGUCCAGAGUCUAUGUCAGGCUCAAGAACUGGGAUUUGCAGGUCACAACCUGGCCACUCAGAAGCCAGGUGAUCUCUAGGCAACCCGGACAUCACUCACUAGAUACCACGCCCCCCAAAGGGAGACAUGACUGGUGAGCCUUUCUAGCACCCACUCUGUGUUUUUUACUUAGAAAAGCCCCUGAGCUCUGGAAGGUGGCUUUUUAACAUGUGUAGUUGUGUAUAGGUGUCAUUUCCCUCUGAUAGGGCUCCUCAGCAAUACAGUGAGAAGCAUGCACAGGAGAGGUCCUUCUUGGUUUCACACUGCCUGGGGAACCGGCUGGCUCCUAAUCUGCUGCCAACCCCAUGCUCCCUGCUCCAGGACCCCUGCAUCACAUGCCCCAAACAGCCAAGAGGAAAAGCAGCCACAGGGGCUGGAGAAGGGACCACAGCAUGUGCUCAGUACUACCUGCGAGCAUGUAGUAUCUUCUCCCUAGGGACAGGAAGGUGCCUUCUACAUUUUGCAUUUAAUACACCAAGGAAGCACACUAAAGUGCUGUACUAUACCCGGGGGCAGUGUGAGCUGCGCUCUGCUGAGGUUUUUUAUGAUGUAAUCUCCUAUGCUCUCAUGAAAGCGGCAUGUGACAUAUACCAUCCCAGUGUACAGGUGAGGAAACAGCCCGGUUCACCUCACUGUCAGAGGAGAAUAGAGGGCACCUAAACCUGGUUCAUGGCCUUUCCAGUCUUGCCUCUGCCUGGGCCUGACAAAGCACUAGGCUUGACAAGCGUCCUGCCUUAAAAAAAAAAAAAAGCUUGAAGUCCUAGUUUGGGGAACUCAGAAAAGUAAAGACUGCGUUGUGAUGCCCAUACUCCCACAUGCCAGGGUUGAUCUGUGAAUCCUUGUUGCUGCAAUACUUCUGGGAACAUAGGAGGAGGAGCCUCUUUUGUUCUCUGUAUGGACUUGGCUGUAAUGGGCCCUUUUGGGCAACUACCAAAUAGAAAUCUCAGACACAGAGUUCAGAAGUCAGUGAAAUUGUAUGAUUUUGAUCUUAGUUACGGUAGAAACAAUGGCGGUGUUUUCAAUGCCCCAAAUUCACUGCUACAACCCUCAUGCUCCAGUGGUAUCUGGAGUCUGAAAAAGAAACUGGGUGUAGGCUAGGGGAUUGUGGUCUCUAUUUUCACGGGGAUGGAUAAUUCUUUGUUGAGGCUGUCCUAUGUAUGGUAGGAUCCCUGAUUUCCCCCCCC